CGUAAAACAAAAAGAAGAAGAAGAUGGUCCGAGACAGUUUACUGUGGCCCUUGAGUGCGCGGUUUCGUAAUCACUGGCUGCCAUUAACGUCUAUAGACGUCAAUUCGAUUACGAACUCUCACUGCAAUCAACGUAUAUACACGUUUUUCUACGGGGUUUGCUGGGAGACGGUCUGGCGGAGCUUGUAAGCUAAGUGUAGUGACGAACUGACUCCCUGUAAGGGGCAGCAGUGCUCUCUUUGGAUGAGCGAUCAGUAUAGAUCAUGGAAAGAAGAUGCAAGUUGACAAGGGAGAAAAUGGCGAAACGCAAGUCGGACAAGCUCACUAUGUGUCGCGGUAGUUCGGACAAAAAGAGUGCCGCGGUCGUGAGAAGUGACGACGAAGAUUAUCAAAAGAGGGAGCUACGGAGACGCGCGUUCUCGGGGCCAAGCGGUGAGAGGCAGCAUUUCUCACGCUGCGUGUCACCAACGGCAAGCUCAACUGACGAAUCCGCGUCAGAUGAAUUCAGCGAACCGGACCCGGAUUCGUCGGAUGAGUGGUUGCCGUCUGGACCAGGCAGGAGCAGCAGAGCCUCGUCCCCAGACUCUCCAGAAAGACGUAAAAGAGGUGCAUCUAGCAGAGAUCCCACUCCUGUUGGCAGUGCAAAGAAAGGGCGUGCAUCAAUCGGAGGUUGUGGACAACAUUCUGGCUGGCAUCAAUUCGAAAACUGGCAACCAAAUCAGAUCCCCUUCACAGCAACCCCUGGACCCCGGGGAGCUGCCGCGGAGCUGGAUUCUGACUUGCCAGCUGACUUCCUGGAGCUGUUCCUGACAAAUGAGCUGCUCCAACAUAUUGUGGAUCAGACCAACUUGUAUGCCAGUCAGUAUAUUCGAGCACAACCUGACAGUUUGCCAUAUAGCAGAGCUAAUGCAUGGAAACCGGUGUCAGUCCCAGAGCUGAAAACUUUCUUUGGACUCAGUUUUCUCACUGGCUAUGUUAAAAAGCCAAAUCUUGAACUGUACUGGAGUGUGGAUGAGGUUGAUGCAACACCGUAUUUCAGUAAGACCAUGUCAAGGAACCGAUUCCAGAUGAUAUGGAGGUUCCUUCAUUACAAUAAUAAUAAUGAGUCACAGGAUGCGACUGACAAAAUGUAUAAAGUCCGCCCUGUGUUAAAUUACAUUGUGGAAAAGUGCAGGGAGCUGUAUCAACCAGGGCAAAACAUUUGUAUUGAUGAGGGUAUGAUGCAGUGGCGGGGACGUCCAUCUUUCAGGGUGUACACCCCACAAAAACCUGUGAAGUAUGGGAUCAAAUCAUACAUACUGUGUGACUCUGCCACAGGGUACUGCUUCAACAUGCAUCCUUAUGUCGGCACAGCUAGUACUCUGCCAGAUAUAAUAUUCGCUCUCCUUGAUCGUCUCCAAGGCCAUGGUUAUACACUUUUUAUGGACAAUUUCUAUAAUUCCGGAGCACUCUGUGAACGGUUACUGGGAGCACAAACCAAUGUAUGUGCAACAUUGAGGAAGAAUAUGGGGGGAUCUAAGAUGGUGAAAGAUAAGAUGCAGAAGGGACACAAAGAGCAGGUUCCUCACUUCAAGCCAGCGUGUGUCAUUGCAUACAACUUGUCCAUGAAUGGGGUGGAUAAGCUGGACCAAAACAUCGCCUACUACCCCUUCAUCCGAAGGUCACUGAACUGGUCAAAGAAAUUUGUCGCCUAUCUGUUCCAACUAUGUAUGUUAAACGCAUAUGUCCUCUACAGAGCCAAAAACCCAGAGGAGUGUAAAACCCUCUUGGAGUUCAUGCGCAGGGUUGUGAAGUCCUGGACUGCAAAGCAAUUUGUGGGGGAGCAAGUAGAGGAGGUGGAGGUGGGGAAGCAGGUAGAGCAGGUGGAGGUGGAGAAGCAGAAAUCUUCAGAACUGAAGAAGCCUCUUAGAUGA